UUCAAUUUUAGAUCUAUACAAACGAUAGUAGACUUUGACUUAUGGUGUUUUCUUUUACUUACCGUCUUUAGUGUAGUAAUUACUUUAGUAAAACUCUUUGAGUCUGCGUUGUUAUAGACGCCAAGUUACAUGUUUAUAGACCCAUACUGCCAUAUUAGUCCUAGAGUGUAGAUUCUAAAUCUAUUAGACUCUAUCUGGACUUAACUUUAAAUUAUUUCUCUAGAUCUUAUAUAGAACAAGAUUUUGAAUAUUGUUUUAUUUUCUAAUUCAAAGUAAAAAGGGCAUUUUUGAAUGAUGCAGGAAGUCAAUGUCAAAGUUGCAGUCCGGGUCAGACCUUUAUUAGGAAAAGAAAAACUAAAUGGUGAACAAGUAUGCAUUCGGAUGGGAGGGAGUCCCAAUCAAGUCAUUGUUGGCACUGACAAGGCUUUUACUUUUGAUCAUGUCCUCUUUAAUACAUCACAACAGGAUGUGUAUACGUUAUGUGUUGAGCCAUUAGUACACAGUAUAUUUGAUGGAUACAAUGCAACUGUAUUUGCAUAUGGACAGACAGGAUCUGGCAAAACCUACACAAUAGGUGGAGGAGACAUCACUCCAUUAACAGAAGAUGAAUAUGGAAUCAUUCCACGUGCAUUGACUCAUAUGUUUAAAAUCAUGGAGAUGACUGAGAAUAAGACAUUUACUGUACAUGUCUCCUACAUUGAGAUCUACAUGGAAGAAUUAAGAGACUUAUUAAGUCUAGAGACCUCUCCUAAAGACCUUCAUGUUCGAGAAGACAGUAAAGGAAAUACAGUUAUUGUUGGAGCCAGAGAGGUUGAAUGUGAGAGUCUGGAUGAAGUCAUGUCACUACUGGAGUCAGGAUCUGCUGCUCGCCAUACAGGAUUUACACAAAUGAAUGAACAGUCCAGCAGAUCUCAUUCUAUUUUUACAGUAGUUAUUGGUCAAAACUGGUCUGAGCCAGAGUGUAUAAAAGAGAAAAGUAAAAAACAAUUGACAUCAAGCAAUGUGGACGGCUUAGAAAAUGAAGACAUUAGCCAUUACAUGAGUGGUAAGUUUUGUUUUGUUGAUCUGGCUGGUUCAGAGAGAGCUCAUAAAACUGGAAACAUAGGGGACAGGUUUAAAGAAUCUAUCUACAUCAACUCAGGUUUACUGUCACUUGGAAAUGUUAUCAGUGCUCUUGGUGAUGUGAAAAAAAAGCCAACACAUAUUCCUUACAGAGAUUCUAAAAUUACCAGACUUUUAAAGGACUCAUUAGGUGGCAAUGCCAAAACUUUGAUGAUUUGUUGUGUAAGUCCAUCGUCUUCAAGCUUUGAUGAAUCUCUCAACUCUCUGAAAUAUGCAAACAGGGCCAGAAACAUCAGAAAUAAACCAAUUAUCAACAGAGACAUUCAGUCAAUAAGAUUUGAAGAAAUGCAGUCUGAAAUCAAAGCAUUACGAGAAGAACUGGCCAGACAAAGGACAACUAUGAGUAUGUACCCAGAUCAGGAAAAUCAGGUCCAGUUUGUCAACAAUAAGGACUUAGAAGAGAAAAUUUCAAAAUUACAAGUAGAAUGUGCCAAUUACAGAAUGAUAGCUGAAGAGGCCUACAAGCAUAUACUGGACAUUCAAGAAAGAGAUAUUGUUUCGAAGAGUCAGAAUCUCAGGCUUAAAGAUUGGAUGGACUUACUGGAGGAGAUUAAGAACAGUGUACCAGAUAGACUGUGUCAUGAAGAGCUACAGACUGAGACUAUACAAAACCUUCAACAUGAAUUAGAAAAGUGUCGUUUCCAUCUUAGAAGUGAUGAAACAAUAUUUGCAGAGAAAACAAGAGAGGUCAAUCAUUUGAAUGAUACUCUGAAAGAAGUGGAAAAGUCCAACAAGCUUCUAGAGAGUCAUUUAGCAGAGAUGACAUCGGCAUGUCAGCGUCAGGCUGAACAGCUGAUCUCUCAACAAAUCAGAAUAGAUGAGCUAGAGACAGCCUUAAAGAUGCUGAAUCAAUCAUCUGUCAGUACAGAGGAAACAUCUUCAUUGCCGUCUCUGCCGGUUUUUUCUGGGAAGAGACCAAAGUCAGUCCCAGCUAAAAUGCAUUAUAGCAAAGAGGAUAGCAACCUUCUUCGUCCACCAUCUCGUUUAAUUAAAACAAGUCCAGCCCUGUUUACAUUGGAGAGAGUUAUGCAGAGUUUCCGAGCCAGAAGUCAGCUUUUAAUAAGCCGCCUGGAGGACUCGGAUGAGGUUCUACAUCAGACAUUUACAGAUUCAGAAGAAGAAGAAAAUAAUGAAAUCAUAAAGAAAAAUGAAAAGAUUCAAAGAAAAAAUACUUUUAAUGUGAAACAAAGAGAAGAUAAAUCAAGUAACAAAGCACAGAACAAUGAAGACAGUGCCUCAAGUACAGACUUCACUAACACAAUAGCGUCAAGGGAAUUAAUAAGGUCCAGCACUCGAUUGAUAGAAAAAUCUGCUGAAUGGGCCAGAGAAAAUCAAGAGAGUAGUCGACUGAUCAACAUUGAUGUCCAGUCUAGUGCAGAGAUACACAGGAAACUCAUCAAACAGUCACAGCUGAAAGCUCUUGAGGCACACCAGAAGAUCAGAGAUCUUUCUAUUAAUAUAAGAAUGAAAGAACAACUAAUCAGGGAACUAGUCAAGUCGGAGAAAGAUGCAGAGCUCAUGAAUAAACAAUAUGCAGAAAAAAUAAAAGGACUUGAAAAGGAAAAAAUGGCAGCAAAGAGAGAAUUAGCAGAAGUUCAGACUGCACUACAGAUGUUAGAAACAAAAGACAAAGCAGAAGUUUCCAACAUUCAGAAAUUAGAAAUUGACUACAAGAAAAAAAUUGAAGAAGCCAAAGCUAAAGUUGCAGCUCUUCAGAAAAAACAAAAAGAAACAGAAAAAGUUGCAAACUUUGCCCAUCAGCAUGAGAAAAAGAUCCAAGAUUUGGAGCUAGCCAUUGACAGAAUGAAACAGCAACAGGAACAGUUAAAUAAAAAAUUAAAAGAAGAAAUGGAACAAAAAGUGAAACUUGAGAAAGAAAUGCAGCGAGAGGUUCAAAGAGUCAAAGAUUUGGAGAUAAGAGACGAACAAACACAGAAAGUGUUGAAAAGAAAAACUGAAGAGUUGGCAUCAGCUAAAAGAAGGUUACGAUCAGCUUCAGGUGUACUACCACCAAUUACAAGUGAGGAGCAGGAGAAACUUGAAGAACAGCGUAAAUGGCUGGAUGCAGAGGUGGAGAAAGUCUUGGAGCAGCGCAGACAAAAUGAAACACUUGAGCAAGAACUUAAACAAAGAGAAACAAUACUUGCCAAAAAAGAAGCCAUCAUUGCUGAGAAAAGUGAACUGGAAAUGAAAAAAUUGAGAUCUAGUCAAGCUUUGAACAAGAGCCUCGUGUUACUGUCCUCUAAACUGGACAGUGUGGAAAGAAAAUUGGAAGAAAAAAAGAAAGAAUUGCCAGAAGUGACAGAAGACAGAAGGUCUCAUGUGAUAGAAGAAAUUCAAAAGUUGCAAAAAACUAAAGACAAAAUCAACAAAGAGCGCUCACACUUAGACAAAAAAUUAAAAGAAGGAAAAAUUUUAUCUGUCGAGGAAGAAAGAAAGCUUAUAGAAAUGGAUGAAGCCAUUGAAGCUUUAGAUGCAGCCAUUGUCUAUAAAAAUGAAAAUAUUUAUCUCAGACAAAUGGAAGUCAGACAAUCUUCUGAUUCACUCAUUCAGAAUGAAGAACAUUUACUGCAGAAACUAAACUCACUGACUAAUGUUGAAAUCAGAGCUCUUCUGUCUCGUUACUUUGAUAAAGUUGUCAGUCUAAGAGAUGAAGAAAGAAAGCUUCAUUUAAGGUGUAGUGAAAUGGAGAUGAAGACAGAUGAACAGGAUAGACUUAUAAUGGAAUUGAAAGGAGCCUUGCAGAGAUCAGCAAUGGAACUGGACAGGAAGUUGACACAGCAGCAACGAGACUAUGAGCAGAAGAUUCAGUUAUUGAUGCAUCAGUUGACAGAAAGAGUUGGAGACACAAACAUAGACAGUCUGGCUAACAAAGACAAUAGGAUUCAAAACUUGGAGAAAGAUUUGUAUUAUUACAAGAAGACAGCCCGUGAUAUGAGGACAAAAAUUAAGCAAUUACUUUACAGUGGAGUGAUCUCACCUUCUGAUGCAGAAGGUCUAGUGGGCAGCUCAACACAAAGUCUUGAUGCUGAAGUAGCAACACCAAGAAGUCAUGUUCAAAAGAGUGUCACAGAUCCUGCAACACCAAGAUAUAGUAAUCAAAGUCAAAUGAACAAUACGUCCAGAAAAGCUCUUAACAGUUCCUCUGAGACAAGGAGCAUAACUACACCUGUCAAAAUAUCCAGGCGAGACUUACGACCCAUGUCUGAGGAAGAAGUUUACUUAAGGCGGUCAGGUUUAUCAUCAAGAGGUCACUCCCGUACCCCACAAGAUUCCUUAGAAGAGCCAAGUCCCAAAUUCUAAUGCUGUACAAGAUCUAGUAGUCUGUGAUUUAGUUUAUGUCCAUAGACUGUGAUUUUAUUUGUUUGUAUACACCCAAAUCUCCACCAUUCCUCAAGUAUUUUUUUUUUCUAAAUAAAACUUUUUUUUUCUUUUUGACAACAUGUACUUUUUGUUUUUGGCAUUUACAGCAAAAUGGAAGUCUCAUUAAAAUAAUGUCCAUUUA